UGUGAUUUGGAAAUUUAACUUCUCUUGAUGCAGUCUAAAAAUUGCCUUUUAGCAGUUAUGCCUUACUGCUGACUCAUAUUCAGGAUGUGAUUUCCUACAAUUCUAACAUACUUUUCACAUAUACUGUUCCAGAUCCCAUAACUAUAUGCUUGGUUUCCUUUUCCUAGGCAAAGAAUUUUGCAUUUAUCUCUAUUAAAUUUCAUUCUGUACUUUUUAGUCUACUUCUCUAACCGAUCAAGAUAAUUUUGAUUGCUGUUUCUCUGUUCUAGAGUAUCAGCUUUCUGACACAGUUUUGUGUCAUCUACAGUUCUAAUGCAUGUUCCCACCACCUCUUCAUCCAAAUCAUUCAUGAAAAUGUGGAAGAGUACCAGACACAGGAUCUGAAUACUCUGGUAUCCUGCCUGAUACCUCACUGUGCCCCCACAGAAUUCAUCUUCAAAUCUCCUGAUGAAGUUUGACAUGCUUCAGCCAAGCACAUUGUCUCCAGUCUAUGAAGUAUAAGCUAUCUUGUGGCAGCACUUUAUCAUCCAGCUUCUUUAAGGUAUAUCUUCAUGAUUCUGCCAUUGUUCUUAGUUCUGGCACCAGAAGCUUCAUCUGAUUUCAUGACUGAAAUCCGAAAUGAUUAUGAGAAUAUUCUAAUCAACAUCAUUAUUCAUCUGGAGAAGCUCCUCAGUCAGAACAGCACGUCCAGCUGUAACCUGAAAAACAACACAUAUCACCACGAUUCAUUUAAGAAUAAAACCAUAUAUUAUCUGGCAUCGUGUCUUAGCAAAAUGGCAAAUUGUUCUAUAAUCUCUUCUGAUUUAAAGUCUGCCAUGGAAAAUGUUUCACAUUUGACACUGGAAAUCUUAAAGAAUGGUUACACCGUAAAACUACACAAAGGACGGUGUUGUCCUCAAUGCAGAAAAGUCAGCAAAAGAUCUGAUUGUACCCAUACUUUAUGUCGCGUAAAGAAUCUUGUUUCAGCCUUGAGUUCCUGGUGGAAGAAGUUUCUUUAUCAUGAUUAUCCCCAAGGGGGAUAAAGUGAUAAGUAUAUCUUUUGUAAGAAUUAAGUUCAGCUUUUAUGAUCCAGAUGAAACUCUGGUAUACUUCAGAAUUUUUCUACAGAAAAUUAUGCAAAUAUCCUGUGCUAAUGUGUCGACAAGACUGUUGAAUUUGUUCCAUGGGUCCCACGAAAGAAAAAGUUGGAUGAAGAGAAGCAGGCUGCCAACAUCUCAAAGCUCUCAAGUGCCAAUGAAAGUAAAAAGUAGAUAAUAGAAUGAAUAGAAUGAAAUAUUCCAUAUUUGUAUUGUCGAAGGCUU